AUGAAAACUGCUGACCGACUGAGUGAAGUCUUCCCUAAUAAUGACCAUGCGAAUCGGCAGGCGUGGCGGGAAUAUUUGCCGCAUGCUCUUUCACUAAUAGCAGAAGAUGGGUUUCAGAAGGAGCAAGAGAAAUACAUUGAUUUGAUCCGAAAUGUUUGUAGUUGUCUUUCUAGUGACGGACGAUGGAAAGAAGCAGAAGAGCUGGAAGUACAAGUGUUAGACCUACGCAAGCGAGUGCUAGGGCCCGAGCAUCCUGACACUCUUACCAGCAUGGCCAAUCUGGCAUCUGUCUACUGGGAUCAGGAAAGAUGGAAGGAAGCAGAAGUACUGGAAGCACAAGUAUUAGAGCUGCAUAAGCAAGUGCUAGGGCCCGAGCAUCCUGAUACUCUUACCAGCCUGGCCAAUCUGGCAUCCACCUACUGGGAUCAGGGACGAUGGAAGGAAGCGGAAGAGCUGGAAGUGCAAGUUUUAGAGUUGCGCAAACGGGUGUUAGGGCCCGAGCACCCUGAAACUCUUACUAGCAUGGCUAAUCUAGCCUUUACAUGGAAAGGCCAGGGAAAAGUUAAGAAAGCCCUUGCUCUGAUAAAGCAGUGUGCAGAGCUCCGCCGCAACCUGCUGGGUCCAAAUCACCCAGAUACCAUAUCCUCUUCUGAUACUUUCAGUCACUGGGAAUCCGCGGUAGACUCCCUGACAUGGUAUAGUCGACAAAACAUACUUGCCUUUUCUUUACUUGCCUUUCCUUGUCUCUACUUUUUUUCGAAGACCCUUCUUGAAAGGAGGGUCUGUGAUAGCUGA